UUUUUACAUGGGGAGUUAAAAAAAGAAAUCUAUAUGGAACAGCCUCCUGGAUGUGAAACACAGCCAGGUCUAGUUUGCAAGUUACAGAAAUCCCUUUAUGGUCUGCGCCAGAGUGCGCGCUGUUGGAAUGAAAAAUUAGAUGAUGUUCUGCAGUCAAUGAAUUUCAAGCGUUGUGUGGCAGACCCCUGUGUGUAUGUGAAAGAAACAAAGGGGGGGCUCACAUACUGCCUAGUUUAUGUAGAUGACAUCCUGUACUUUUCCCAUGGGGAGGAAGACGAAAGAGAGUUCCAUAAUAGUCUGAAACAACAUGUGGUAACGAAAAGUUUGGGACCUGUAAGUCAUUAUUUAGGUACAGAGGUCAUACGGGGUUCAGACGGGAGUUUCGUGUUAAAACAGGAAGGAAAGAUAAAACAAAUACUAGCAGAAUGUGGGAUGUCUGAAUGUAAGGCAGUAGGGACUCCCAUGACAACAUCAUUUCAACAAGAAACCACAGAGACAGCUUGUGAAAACCCUGCUAGGUACAGACACAUCAUAGGACAGUUGCAAUAUCUUGUUAAGGUAACAAGACCUGACAUUUGUAAUGCUGUUAGCAUCUUAAGUCGAAAAGUAGAACAGCCUACUGAGACAGAUUGGCAAGGAAUAAAACGAGUCCUGAGGUAUUUGCAAGGUACUAGCAGUAAAGGUCUAGUGUUGUCCAGCAGUAAACACGGGAGUAUGUGCUGCUAUGUAGAUGCGGAUCAUGCUGGCGAUCCCAGUAGCCGCAAGUCUACUACUGGUGUUGUCAUUCUAUUAUAUGAUUCAGUGAUUGAUUGGUGCAGUAAGAGGCAAACUAUAGUGGCUACAUCGAGUUCAGAAGCUGAAUAUAUAGCGUUGUCUCUGGUUUGUAACGAACUUACCUGGUUCGACCAUCUACUGUUUGAAAUUGGGAACAAGUGA